UGUCUGAAUAAAAGGUGAACACGUAGUCAUUCUCGAAGAACGCGCUCAUUUCUAAAAUGAGGACCAUACUGUCAGUUUGGGGAAUUUCAGUUUUGUUCGUAUUUAUACAUGUUUCUGCGGUCACAGAGGAGGAGUUUAAAAUUUUGCUUGACCGACUAUCUGUACUCGAGGAAAAACACGCACUUUCAGACAAACGAAUCGCCGCGCUUGAGACGGAAAAUAAGUUGUCACAUGAAAGAAUCGCCGUCUUAGACAAAUACAAGACGUGGUCCGACAAAAGAAUCGCUUUGCUGGAAAGAAAAAAAGCAUUGUGUAACAUAAGAAAAGAUGCGCACGAUACUGUAAAGAAACUGUAUGCAAAAAAAGACGACGCGUUUGAAACCCACAAGAUAUUUCUUGACAAAAUCACCACAAUGCAUGGAUACGACACGACUUUGUCUGACGUGGUAGGCGGCUCGCUGGAAAAAGACAAAAUACUGUCUGACAGAAAAAUCCUCGCGCUUAAGCAAGACUAUGCAGUAUCACCUAACCGGAUUGGUAAAGAUGAUGGAAACACUGCUGAAGUUGACAUUACGAAUAGACAAAGCAAUGUUCCUAAGUUUCAACAAAGGCGAUUUGUUGCAGAAGGGAUUGUUGCAUUUUCUGCAAUGAAAACAGCAACUCAAGAGCAUAUCGGCAUUAAUCAGAACAUCAUAUUUGGUCAGGUCCUCACGAAUGAAGGAGGCGGGUUCCAUCCCAAUCACGGUGUAUUCACUGCUCCGCAAUCCGGCGUGUACGUGUUCUCAUCAUCAAUUUUGACUUUCGCAAAUGGUGAGUAUCAUGCUGCCAUAGUUCAUAACGGAAACAUUGUCACGCACAUUUACGGUGGCGGAGACAGUGGGAGACACGACCAAGGCAGCCAGACGGUUGUCAUAAAGCUGAAUGCUGGGGAUGAAGUUGCUGUUCAAAAUGUUGACAAACCAGAUAAUAACAUUUGGGGCGACUUGUAUUCGUCAUUCAGUGGCUUUUUACUAUGGCCACAAUAAUGCAGUGUUACUGGUUUUUCAUAACAACUGUAGACCUAUACGUUUACCAAUGAAAAUCAAACUAAAGUAAUCCCUCUGAGUUUUCGUACACUAAAAAUAUUUUGUUUCGUGAUUGCAUUUAUAGAAAAACGAACAUACGCCAAAAAUAUAGCGUUUAAAAAUAAUGAGGCAAUUUAUCGUUAUUUCGAUUUUCUUGACGUUCGGAUAUAUGUUUAACGCUAUCUACCUGUGAAUUAGCAUUUAUAAUGUAUUAUAACUGAUAUUAUUGACCUCAAAUAAAUUGUGGACAUAA